ACCACCAACGCAUAUUCGAGAGACUCGAAACGAAGACUUUGAACGGAUAAGAACAACCGAAGCCCAUCUUUUCUACACGAACCCCUUCCCUUCUUUUUCAGCCACCUUCCUCGUCUCUCCUCUCUCUGUCUCUCUCUCUCGCCAUUAAUGGAGCUGAUUCAGAAAAGCAAAGCCAUGGGAGGAGGAGAAGACAACAGAUGGCCGCCAUGGCUCCGACCUCUUCUUUCCACCACCUUCUUCGUUCACUGCAAACAGCACGCAGAAGCACACAAGUGCGAAUGCAAUAUGUUCUGCCUAGAUUGCAUGAACGGCGCUCUGUGCUCUCUCUGCCUCCCGUUCCAUCGCGACCAUCGCGCCAUCCAGAUAAGGAGAUCAUCAUACCAUGAUGUUAUCAGGGUUUCGGAGAUUCAGAAGGUGCUCGACAUAAGUGGUGUUCAGACUUAUAUAAUCAACAGUGCGAGAGUCGUCUUCCUCAAUGAGCGGCCGCAGCCAAGGCCGGGAAAGGGAGUAACGAAUAACUGCGAGGUCUGUGAACGGAGCUUACUUGACUCCUUUCGGUUCUGCUCCCUCGGCUGCAAGGUUGUAGGAACUUCCAAUGACUCCAAUGCUGAGAAGGAGAGGAGGAAGAAGAAGAAGAGUGGAUUUUCGCAGUUGGCGGCUUCGGACUCAGAGGAGUCCUACUCUAGCACAAUAGUUCAAAGCUUUACACCUUCAACGCCGCCGCCGACCGCCAUCAGUUUCCGCUCGGCGAAGAGGAGGAAGGGCAUUCCACAUAGAGCUCCCUUUAGUAGUCUUCUACUGGAGUUCUAGCAUUCAAGGAUCAAGAAGCCUCCUUUCUCUCUCAUAGAAGAAAUAUUUACAUACAUAUAGUCUUCAUGAUGUAUAAAUGUGUGCAAAGGACUCUUUCAUAUAGAAGAAGAGAAGCUCAGCUUAGUUAGGAUUGCUGCAGCUAUAUACAAACACUGAUAUGUUGUUAUUUAGGCUUUGUUUGGGAUAGUUUUCUUACUGUUUUCUAAAGCAAUUUUUCAGUACAAAAUUUUCUUGAACUAAAAAAUUUUUGUACUAAAAAGUUGAUUUAGAAAACAGUAAGAAAGAAAGUUGUUCCAAAUAAAGCCUUAAUUAGUGUGUAUACGAAGUUAGGAGACAUUAGAGAGAGAGAGAAACAAAAUGAUAUUUAUAGUUGGGAAUGUAGUAGUGAUUAUAAAAAGAAAUGUUUGUGAUGGUUUUUCACUGCCAAAUGAUUUUUGCACUUAGUAAAGUCUGAAAAUUUCAACAUA